AUGGGUGGACCUGUGAUGUGUCAAAUUCUGAUUGUUGCUUGUGACAUCACUGUGACAUCAUCCUUGCUGAGCACAGUUCAGUCGGUCAGCGAAACGCAAGUUAUUGAUGUUAUCGAGCAAGGAGCAGGGGAACAUCCAGCAACACCUGCUAUAAGCACAUUGGAGAAUCGCAUUGAGGAGCUCGGCCACCGAUUUGUGAUCGAGCGUUCCGUGGCUGAAGGAGCCAAACGUGCCAUCAAUGCAUUCGAUCAUGGAAAGCCACUUGUUGAGGCUCAAUCAAUAUUAAACCAGGCAAAUGAAAAGCUGGACCUCCUUAAAUAUUCCAUGGAGGAACUAGUGAAAGAACUUCCUGAUAGCCAUCCCAGGAAGAGUAUUACCACCGAGGAAUUGUUCCUCAAUUCUGACAUAUCCAAGCCCACAGCACUAACGGGUACCCUGAAAGUGCGAGUAAAGGGCUGUCACAAUAUUCUGGAGAAUGUACCUGGCAGACUAAAAGACCCGUCAGUUGUUCUCCCAGGAAGGAGGACACGUCGUGGAAGAUUCUCAUUAAUGAGCCGGAUUAGAAGAAACAACCAUGUCUGCAGUCAAAACACCCAAGAGACUGUUGACUUUUCCAACGAGGUCCGUGCUCAGCUGAAGAUUGACAAUAUUCCAGUGGGUUCAACCAGUUGGAAAACUGUGUCGAAUCCAUCAUGGAAUGAGAAAUUUAAACUGGAGUUAAAUAAGUCUCGGGAGUUAGAAUUAUCUUUAUAUUGGCACGAUCGGAGAUCACUGUGUGCCACAAAGACGCUGAAGUUGGAAGAAUUCCUGGUGAAUCGGAAGCAGGAACUGUGUCUACAGCUGGAGCCACGGGGCACCCUUUUCAUCAAGGUGACAUUUUCCAAUGCUUCCAUCCAGAAAAGGCCAAAACUUCAGACAAUUCAGAAAUUCUUCUCUAAAAAACAAGAAGAGACUUUCCAGUCCACUGCAGAGGAGGAUACAGCUAUUGACGUCCUUCCAUUGCCAGUAUCUGACACUGAGAGCGUGGUUCCAUCACCACCAGCUGUCGAUACCGAUGCAGAAGAAACCAUCAAGUCCACAUCAGAGGAGGAUAUAACAUCUGACGUUCUUCCAUUGCCAGUAUCGGACACUGAGAGCGUGGUUCAAUCACUGCCUACUGUCGCUAACGAUACUGAACAGACCAUCCAAUCAGCUUCUGAGGAGGAUAUAAUAUCUGGCAGUCUUCCAUUGCCAGUAUCGGACACUGAGAGCGUGGUUCUAUCACCGCCCGCUGUCGAUACCGAUGAUGAAGAGAUUAUCCAAUCAGCAUCUGAGGAGGAUAUAGUAUUCAGUAGUCUUCCAUUGCCAGUAUCAGACAUGGAGAGCGUGGUUCCAUCACCGCCCGCUGUCGAUACCAAUACUGAAGAGAUUAUCCAAUCAGCAUCUGAGGAGGAUAUAGUAUUCAGUAGUCUUCCAUUGCCAGUAUCAGACACGGAGAGCGUGGUUCCAUCACCGCCCGCUGUCGAUACCAAUACUGAAGAGAUUAUCCAAUCAGCAUCUGAGAAGGAUAUAGUAUUCAGUAGUCUUCCAUUGCCAGUAUCAGGCACAGAGAGCGUGGUUCCAUCACCGCCUGCUGUCAAUAUUGAUACUGAAGAAACUAUCCACUCAGUAUCUGAGGAGGAUAUAAUAUCUGGCAGUCUUCCAUUGCCAGUAUUUGAAACUGAGAGCGUGGAGUCAUCACCACCCACUGACAAUACUGAAUCACAAGAGACCAGCCAAUCGGUGUCAGAGGAUGGAGCUAUUGACGUUCUUCCAUUGCCAGUGUUUAACACUGAGAGCCAAGAGUCAUCAUGGUCAAUUAGCGUUUCUCCUGUAGAAACAUCGGACACUGAAUCUGAACCAGAAGAGUCUCCUGUUGCAUAUCGUACAUCUUUUUGCAGCGAUCAGCCAGGACUUCAUGUUAUAAUCCCAGAUAUUCUGUCUCAGGAUUAUGGAGCAGGACAAGACUAUUCUAGGAACUACACUCCAAGCCAAGUGCCAUGUAAUACACCUCUACAUGAUGGCAGAGUGUCCAAUCAGGAAAACAGUGUCCUUCAAGAUCUGGAACAGUCUCAGGACCCACGCAUUCAGCGAGGAGUACAACUGAGCCUCGAUGAUUUCCAAUGUCUCUCUGUGCUGGGCAGAGGACACUUUGGAAAGGUUCUACUUGUUAACUACAAAGGUACAAACACCAUGUUCGCCCUAAAAGUCCAGAAAAAACGAAAGAUAAUUGCAUCUGAUUCUAUCGACUGUCUUAAAUAUGAGAAGAACAUCUUUCAGACCAUAAGCAGCACACGACACCCAUUCCUUGUGAAUUUGUUUGCAAGUUUCCAGACUGAAGAUCUUGUCUGCUUUGUGAUGGAAUAUGCCGCUGGUGGAGACCUAAUGUCAACUCUUUAUAAAAACAUGGCAUCUUUUACAGAAAGCAGAGCUAUGUUUUAUGCAGCCUGUUGUGUGCUCGGCCUCGAAUUUUUACAUCAGAACAAGAUUGCUCACAGAGAUCUUAAAUUGCGGAAUAUUGUUGUAGACAAGGACGGUUACGCCAAAAUUACCGACUUUGGUCUUGGCAAACAAGGGAUGGGAUUCCUCGAUAGAACCAACUCUUUCUGUGGCACACUGGAAUACAUGGCGCCGGAAAUAUUUGAGAGAAGACCGUACACAAGAUCUGUUGAUUGGUGGAGUCUGGGCGUAGUAAUUUAUGCAAUGCUGUGUGGAAGGUUUCCCUUUAAAGGUAAAGAUCGAGAGAAAGAGAUAUCGUAUAAGGUUGUAAACACCGAACCUGACUAUCCGGAGUUCCUGUCUGUAGAAGCGUUUUCAAUAAUAAAAAGUCUUAUGAAUAAAAAUUCCAGAUCCCGUCUAGGAGCCAGGAUUGGUGCCAGUGCUGUCAAGAAACAUCCUUUUUUCAAAGGAUUAGACUGGAGUGCAUUAUUUUCUAAGAACAUCAUACAUCCGUUUGUACCAUCCAUUGCCGGACCAGAGGACGUCAGUCAUUUCGACAGAGCUUAUACAACACUGGACCCCAUUCUAACACCACCGGAAGAAUCACCUUUAGAAGACCAAGACCUGUUCCAAGAUUUCGACUGGGUGGCCGAUUGGAUUUGAACAUUGAGGCAGAAAAGGAUGGACUCUGCGGGAGUAAACAUAUUAACA